UGAUGGCAACAAGUAGAAUGGGAAAUGAAGACAUGUUUGUAACAUGUUUACAUCAAUGCAUCGUUGUGAAAAUGCAAAAGAUAACUUUACUUUAAGAGGAUCCAAGCAAGUUAAAUAAGAAAUAUGAGCAUUGAUAAAGAAAGAAAAUUCCUUCAACUGUUUAUGUUUGCACAUAAACUUGCCUUGCCCGUAAUCCGAACUUUUUUUGUCUACAAUGUACUGGAUUGUACGGAAUAUAACAAAGAUUUUUCCGUUUAUCUCGAAAUCUGCAAACACACUUUAUAUCAUUUGGCUGUGGAUGUUAAAUGUUGUCAGUGUGUUACAACUCAUACAACGUUAAAAGCUACUUGUAGAAUCACAAUGACACAACUUUUGCAGAUGUACUCGAUUGACCGGUCAAAUCCCAAACACUAUAAGAAAAGUGGAAGUCAUGCAACCCAACAGUGCAUGUGUGGCGUAACGGUUAGGAAUGAAUGUUCAUUACAAGACCUCGACCUUUCCUUAAUAUAUUCAGUCUUAAACGGGAGUGCUUUAAAAGAUGAAAAACACCAAAAGCAUGCCACAUGGCUAACUAUGAUUAUCAAACAAAGAAACGAAUUAUGUCAUGUGGACAGUUUAACCAAGUGGACCGAAAGCGAUAUACAAACAAUGUGGGGAUAUCUACAAGGUGCCGUUCUUGGUUUGGCUUCAGAUAUAUCACAAAUACCUGAUUAUAAAGAAAACAUUGAAAUGCAGAUAGACCUUUUGAAAGUUGCUGAUUAUGGUUUGCAUGAUAUUCAGCCAAUAAUACAAACUAUAAAAACGGAAAUUCAGACGAUAAAAUCAGAAUUAGAUAAGUCUAUAGAUCUUGAAGUAUUUGGAAGUCGUUUAGAUAGCUUGCGACAGAAAUGCGAUGAAAACAAACAAGAAAUCCUAAAUGCUAUGGAAGAAGGACAGCAAGAACACGAACAACUUUUACAUUUAAUUUACGAUGAAGUAAAACGAGGAAACAUGAUACAUCAUAGAAAUGCACUUCAAUUUGAUAUACAGUGGUCUUCCGAAGAAGGAACAAAUGAGAACGGAAAAGGCGAGUGAUGAGAUAACUUUUUUGUUGUAUUGCGAUCAAUUAAUUCUUUGCAAUUUUAGGAGUUCUUACUUUCAAAAAUUUAUAUGCAUAUUUAUAGAUUAUCGAUGGUUUUUCAAACGAGAGGGUGUUUCUCAGCUACAAUCUCAUCGAAGGGAGACAGCCCUGAGUUGAGAUGUGGCCGAGAAACAUCCUCGAGUUUGAAAGACCAUUGAUAAUCUGUUUAUCGCUAUUUUGCCUAUGAAGUCGUUAAUUUUUACGUUGACAACGGCACGUGCGCUCUUAGUUUCUGACGACAAUUUUCUGUCUCAAGCGAGUAGCAUGAUAUGAAAAAUUAUCGCAAAAAAAAAAUCAAAGGAAAAAUACACAAAAUAGCGAUAAAGUGCAUUAUCAAAUUUCAAAAAUAUUUGAUCUUAUCUAUCUCAUUUUUUUGGUUGGGUUCGUGUUGC